AUGGCUUCAAUGAACUAUUUGCACCCGGUUACUUACUUAAAUGCCACCACAGAGAAGGCUGUCGAUUCUGAGCUUGACUUCGACCUUGACGCAGUUUCCGAUGCAGUUUCUUCCAACUCUCCAACGACACAGUCUUCAGGCGGGUCUCCACUGACUUCUUUCACUUCGCAAUCUUCCGAAAGUUCUCCUUUGCAGAAGAAUGUUGAGUUGGCGCAAAACUCGCCUCAAUACUUGCCUCAGCAACAAAAGCAUUACAUGGGGGGUUAUCUGUCGCAGUCCUUUGGCCUCCAGCAGAAUGUGGUGCAAGUUGUAGCUCCAGAACAUCCUCCUUACUUCCUCGGCAAUCCUCAUUCUCAUCUUGUUCAAAAGGUGGAGACAAAACCUGAACCAGUCUCUGCUGUAGCCGAGGAGGUCAAAAAACCCAAAAAAAUCUACAGAAAGGUCAGAGAUGCUGACAUGAGAGGUCCCUUCUACUGCAAAUGGCAAGCGUGCUCCUCUGUUUUUGAUACCCCAGAGGUCUUGUAUGAGCAUUUAUGCAAUGACCAUGUUGGAAGGAAAUGCUCCAACAACCUUUCCUUGACUUGUCUUUGGGACAACUGUGGGACUACCACUGUUAAAAGAGAUCACAUCACUUCCCAUUUGCGUGUUCACGUACCUUUGAAGCCCUACCAUUGCGAUUUGUGUCCAAAGAGCUUCAAGAGACCACAGGACUUGAAGAAGCAUACAAAGAUCCAUGAAGAGGACCACCAAAGGAGUUUAAAGAAGGCACAAAAGGUUGCUGUCAAGCAACCAUAUGAUGUUGCUGCCCAGUAUGGGUACAUGCCUUACCAGCAGCGCCAACUUCCAUUGGACAACAGUCACUUCACAGCGUUAGGCAAUGAAAUGUCACACCCAGAGCUUUUCGAUAACAGUUCUGCUCUUCAAGCGCAGAUGAACUCUGACCAAAGGAAGAGAUGUGCAGAUGGAACUUCGCUUCAGCAAAAUAUGCAUCUUGUGAAUGGCAUUCUCAAUGACUUUUACGGUCCUACUGAGGUUAACAAGAGAGUCAAGGUCGAACCCCAAUACAAUAUGGACAUUUACAACCGCUUAAACGGAAUGGAGGAAUCCUUGAAUAACCAAUCCAAUUUGUUUGGUGCUCCACCGGCUCCAAGCUUUGUUCCAGCACACACAACGCAACCAAACUUGUAUGAAGCUGAAAAGUUCUUCAGCAACUUGUCUUCGCUGAUAGACAUGCAAUACCAAAGCAUGGCAGGCCAGUCAUCUCAUCAACUGCAGCAACAGCAACAGCAGCAGCCACAACAACAGCAAUAUCUGACCCAACCACUUUACCCAAUGUUGCCACAAUUGCUGUCGAAGGCUCCAGAGAACAACAGCCAUUUUGUCAACAACCACAACGUCGGCUACACUCCUAGCUUUCCACAUGCUUCGAGACAAAUGGGCGGAGUUUUCCAAAGUUCUGGUUCUUUCCCAGUUACGGCCAAUUUUGGUGGGGUAAGCAACAGUCAGAAAUCUGGUCAAAAGCUUGAGACAGAGGAUACCGAAAAUGAGAAGGUUGAAACCAGAGAAAGUGACGAGACCAUCGAUAUGUUUAAGAAGUUGCUGAUUACCGACAAAGAGUUUGAUAUGGAUACUGUGAAGAGACAUCGCGAGAUAAUCGACCUUGUCCGCAAGCACAUCACAGAGUUGAUCAAGCAACACGAAGAGCAGGACAAAAAGGGUUCUGAAGAAGUGAAGUCAUCUUUGUAUCCUACAAUCACAGCAUUUUAA